UUGCAAACAUGCGCUUACCCAGAAAUUCUAUAAAUAGUGAUGAUAAAAGUGUUUACAAUUCAUUGUAAUGGCUUUUGAAGUAUCCUGGUGGGUUCCCUCUGCUCUGAUGCGGAUUACUACGUGGUAUUGCUAUCUCCGAUGGAGCUAGAUACUACAAUGCGCAUGAUCCUGCAGGUGCCUAUAUGGGCGCAACGGGUCAUCUAUAUCCAAGGCUCGUGCCUAAAGGACAGCGACCUAGUGAGGGCCAGGAUGAACGAGGCUGAAGCCUGUUUCGUUCUGGCUGCCAGGAAUUAUGCCGAUAAGACUGCUGCGGACGAACACACAAUUCUCCGCUCAUGGGCUGUGAAGGACUUCGCGCCUAAUGUGGCGCAGUACGUCCAGAUCUUCAGGCCGGAGAACAAAUUGCACGUCAAGUUCGCCGAAUACGUGGUAUGCGAGGACGAAUUCAAGUAUGCUUUGCUUGCCAACAACUGUACCUGCCCUGGUGCCUCUACUUUAGUCACACUUCUUCUUCACACGUCCAGAGGACAAGAAGGUCAACAAUCCCAAGAAGAGUGGCAUCGACUAUAUGGAAGAUGUUCAGGAAAUGAAAUCUAUCACAUAGUUUUAGGAGAUAGCAGAUUUUUUGGUGAAUAUGAGGGGAAGAGUUUCACAUAUGCCAGCUUUCAUUCUCAUAGAAAAUAUGGCGUUGCUCUGGUAGGCGUCCGCCCGGCCGAGUUGCCGGAAUUCUACGAGGAUACCAUCCUGCUUAACCCGGGCCCUAGGCAUAUCAUGAAGAAGAGCGACACCUGCUACUACAUGAGUAUCACCAAGGAGGAGAACAGCGCAUUCUCCGUGGCCAAUCAGCAACAAGCUCAAGCACCUGCCGGUGGGGAGCCCACGGUGGUGACUGCCAAAGAGGAGGAAAAACCUCAGCAGGCUCCUCAACAGACUCAGCAUCAUGGCAAAGACGGUACCGGCCCCCCACAACUAAUUCUGCAAGUCCCCACAUGUGUCAGUGAGUGUUGCAUGAUGUCAAAUGCCUUGUAUUGCUACUUUUUGUUUUGCUGAGUUGUAAUAUUAGAGUUGCCGUUUGAAAUGAUUCUAAUUGGAUUUCAUCUAAUACUGAGUUCGGAGCUAGGUCAAUAUUUAAUUUCCAAAAGUUCAAAGGCUCUAGGCGAGACCAAAACCAUUUUCUAAAAAGCUAAUUUACCCUAAAACGUUUACCUGAUUUUCUGGCUCUAAAAACAAUCGACAAUCGUCAUUCUACCCAUGUACAUGUGUGUAAAUGCAAAAUUCAUUUAAGCCAAGUUAAACAAGAUUUGGUACUUGACUUGUUGCUGCUGAUUCUACUUCCAAUUUGAUCUCAUGUUACAGUGGGAUUACUAUAACGACGUGCCAUUUCUGUUGUCAUUGAAACAUGUCAUUUUCCUAUCAGAACAAAAAGCGAUUUGAUAUUUUGUCAUAAAUCCGUGAGCGAGGAUCCCAUUUAUUCAAAGAGAGUGACACUAUAAUUCCGAAAUGAUGCUUCAAUCAUACAUUCACCAUGGAUUAUUCAAUAAAGAGAAAUUGAAGUCAAGGGUCCAGAAGAUCACUGAAAAGAGCGGACUAGUCUGGUUUGCAUACGGUGCCUCGACAAAAGAGGGCUCUAGUGCAGGAUAGUUCGCACUCACAAAAAACCUUAGGCAGCGGUUAACUACGAGAUCGCAGGCGAUGAAUGACGGGUGAUAGGCGACAGGCGUCAUCGCGAGUAUCUGUUUUGCAUAGCUUUUUUUUGUGAGGGGGGAAUGGGGAAUGCGUUUAUGCACCAUACCAUAGCCCGAGCUACGCCGUGUGUGGGACUCCAGGUUGUCUUGAGGAGACCACCUUAUACCCACUAAACCCUAACCUCCGCGUGGCCCGACUCAUCAGCG